ACGAGGCUGAAGAUGGCUAAAUGACCAUGGCUAACAGCCUGGCGCUUAAGUGCGUGUGCUGGCCUGUCGCGAGGCUGAGCUGGCUGGGCAGCCGCUGCAACGAAUGUAUCAGCGCUUCUCUGGCCAGUCGCGCAAUCAGACGUCUUUGCCACGACAUUCUCUCCGUUCUCAGCCAUGCCACCGUUUUCGAGAGCGACAGAGCUGGUUCGCGAUCUUACACCCUCAUCUGGUUCCCCAGACGGUGUUCUGCCUGGCCAGCCUUCAAUUGCCCUGAACGAUGGACCGCAAUUGAGAGUAUUUCUCGAAGAUGACUUGUGCUCUCAAGACCUUGAGACCAUGGCACCCCGCUUGUGGAUCCUGACCACCCCGUCCAGCGACAACAUCAACGCCCUGCAUCGACAAUGGGUCAAGGGUCGCGAGAUCAUAGUCACAGAAGAGCCUCGGCUGCAUCUGGUGUGGAUACACCACCGCAUCUUUAUCAAGCCCAUCCCACGAUACCUUCUGUCGUAUGAAUUCUGGGAGAGCUACUUGGACGAGGGUUCGAACAAGCUAGACAAGAAUCGGAGCGACAUUCGCAAGGCCGCGGCUGGCUUCCUCCGUACAUACAGAUACUUGAUUCGACGCGAGACCGACUUCAACAUUGCUCAGCAGGAACAUCUCCGUCUGAUCCCUAAAGACGUCGAUUGGGCGGCCUUCUGUCGCUUCACGGCAGAGCUCAGUAGCAUAGACGACUCUGCUGUGUCGGGCCGACACUGCUACGGCGAGCUGAGGCUGACACGACUUAACCUCUAUGCACCGCUGCUGCUUCGCAAGUUUCACUUUGAGCAGAUGCACAACCAGUAUAGCGACUUUUUCGCGCGACUGUACGGGCCUAUUCUUUUCGUAUUUGCUCUAGUCUCCACAGCUUUGAGCUCUAUGCAAGUCGCGCUUGCGGCUGAGCAGCUGGUGACGGUGCAGUGGGUUUCUGUGUGGUAUGUGUCUCGCUGGUUCAGCAUGUUGAGUCUUGUUGGAAGCGCCAUUGUUACUGGGUGGUUCGUGCUUCUCUGGCUGUGGAUGUUUUUGGAUGAGUGGGUUUACACUUCGAAGCGGAAGUUGCAGAAGCGGGCGAAGGGUGUAGUCGAUCCAAGGUGCUGACAGCUGGAGGCUUACGUCAUAAGCACUCUAAGCAGAAUGUUGCGGAUUCGAAGUGUGCAGCGAAGCGCGGGCGUAGAUUUGUAGACGGCUGAUUGCAAAGACGUUUUGGUUGAGCAGACCUCGGUUCUCGAUAUUGUUGCUAAAUCUGUAGCGGACGGAGGUAGAAAUAGAACACUGAUGAUCGUUGUGAUUAUCGGUUUUGGGAAGCACAUGUCACAACGUCCUUCAUGUUUGCAUGCGAGCGUGCAGAUGGCGAGGAAGAAACAGA